CCGAGAUGUGGCGGGGCCGUUGUUUCUCGUUGUAGCCGCAGUUCCCGGUCUCGUCUUCACUGCUGUGUGUCCUCAGCCUCUGUGACCCUGUAACCUGCGGUAUUGGAAGAUCCUCAGCUAACAUGCCAGGUGCCCCCGGCAGCCUAGAAAUGGGACCAUUGACAUUUAGAGAUGUGACCAUAGAAUUCUCUCUGGAGGAGUGGCAAUGCCUGGACACGGUUCAGCAGAAUUUAUAUAGGGAUGUUAUGUUAGAGAACUACAGAAACCUGGUCUUCCUGGGUAUGGCUGUCUUUAAGCCAGACUUGAUAACUUGUCUGAAGCAAGGGAAAGAGCCUUGGAAUAUGAAGAGACAUGAGAUGGUAACUAAACCCCCAGUUAUGCGUUCUCAUUUUACACAAGACCUUUGGCCAGAUCAGAGCACAAAAGAUUCUUUCCAAGAAGUAAUACUGAGAACAUAUGCAAGAUAUGGACAUAAGAAUUUACGAUUAAGAAAAGAUUGUAAAAGUGCCAAUGAGGGUAAGAUGCACGAAGAAGGUUAUAAUAAACUUAACCAAUGUAGGACAACUACCCAGAGAAAAAUAUUUCAGUGUAACAAAUAUAUGAAAGUCUUUCAUAAAUAUUCAAAUAGAAAUAAGGUUAGACACACUAAAAAGAAAACUUUCAAAUGUAUAAAAUGUAGCAAAUCAUUUUUCAUGCUUUCAUGCUUAAUUCAACAUAAGAGAAUUCAUAUUAGACAGAAUAUCUAUAAAUGUGAAGAACGUGGCAAAGCCUUUAAAUCGUUCUCAACCCUUACUAAACAUAAGAUAAUUCAUACUGAAGACAAACCUUACAAAUCUAAGAAAUGUGGCAAUGCCUUUAAAUUUUCUUCAACAUUCACUAAACAUAAGAUAAUUCAUACUGGAGAGACACCCUUCAGAUGUGAAGAAUGUGGCAAAGCUUUUAACCAGUCCUCAAAUCUUACUGACCAUAAGAGAAUUCAUAGUGGAGAGAAAACCUACAAAUGUGAAGAAUGUGGCAAAGCUUUUAAGGCAUCCUCAAAUUUUAAUGCACAUAAGGUAAUUCAUACUGCAGAGAAACCCUACAAAUGUGAAGAUUGUGGCAAAACUUUUAACCAUUUCUCAGCCCUUAGAAAACAUAAGAUAAUUCAUACUGGAAAGAAACCCUACAAGUGUGAAGAAUGUGGCAAAGCUUUUAGCCAGUCCUCAACCCUUAGAAAACAUGAGAUAAUUCAUACUGGAGAGAAACCCUACAAAUGUGAAGAAUGUGGUAAAGCUUUUAAGUGGUCUUCAAAACUUACUAUACAUAAGGUAGUUCAUACUGGAGAGAAACCCUACAAAUGUGAAGAAUGUGGCAAAGCUUUUAGCCAGUUCUCAACCCUUAAAAAACAUAAGAUAAUUCAUACUGGAAAGAAACCCUACAAAUGUGAAGAAUGUGGCAAAGCUUUUAACAGUUCCUCAACCCUUAUGAAACAUAAGAUAAUUCAUACUGGGGAGAAACCGUACAAAUGUGAAGAAUGUGGCAAAGCUUUUAGGCAAUCCUCACACCUUACUAGACAUAAAGCCAUUCAUACUGGAGAGAAACCCUACAAAUGUGAAGAAUGUGGCAAAGCUUUUAACCAUAUAUCAGACCUUAGAAGACAUAAGAUAAUUCAUACUGGAAAGAAACCCUACAAAUGUGAAGAAUGUGGGAAAGCUUUUAGCCAGUCCUCAACUCUUAGAAACCAUCAGAUAAUUCAUACUGGAGAGAAACCCUACAAAUGUGAAGAAUGUGGCAAAGCUUUUAAGUGGUCAUCAAAACUUACUGUACAUAAGGUAAUUCAUACUGGAGAGAAACCCUGCAAAUGUGAAGAAUGUGGCAAAGCUUUUAAGCAUUUCUCAGCCCUCAGGAAACAUAAGGUAAUUCAUACUAGGGAGAAAUUGUACAAAUGUGAAGAAUGUGGCAAAGCUUUUAACAAUUCCUCAAUCCUUGCUAAACAUAAGAUAAUUCAUACUGGGAAGAAACCGUACAAAUGUGAAGAAUGUGGCAAAGCUUUUAGGCAAUCCUCACACCUUACUAGACAUAAAGCAAUUCAUACUGGAGAGAAACCUUACAAAUGUGAAGAAUGUGGCAAAGCUUUUAGCCAUUUCUCAGCCCUUAGAAGACAUAAGAUAAUUCAUACUGGAAAGAAACUGUACAAGUGUGAAGAAUGUGGCAAAGCUUUUAGCCAUUUCUCAGCCCUUAGAAGACAUAAGAUAAUUCAUACUGGAGAGAAACCCUACAAAUGUGAAGAAUGUGGUAAAGCUUUUAAGUGGUCAUCAAAACUUACUAUACAUAAGGUAAUUCAUACUGCAGAGAAACCCUGCAAAUGUGAAGAAUGUGGCAAAUCUUUUAAGCAUUUCUCAGCCCUUAGAAAACAUAAGGUAAUUCAUACUAGGGAGAAAUUGUACAAAUGUGAAGAAUGUGGCAAAGCUUUUAACAGUUUCUCAGCCCUUAUGAAACAUAAGGUAAUUCAUACUGGAGAGAAACCCUACAAGUGUGAAGAAUGUGGUAAAGCUUUUAAGUGGUCCUCAAAGCUUACUGUACAUAAAGUAAUUCAUACUGGAGAGAAACCCUGCAAAUGUGAAGAAUGUGGCAAAGCUUUUAAGCAUUUCUCAGCCCUUAGAAAACAUAAGGUAAUUCAUACUGGAAAGAAACCCUACAAAUGUGAAGAAUGUGGCAAAGCUUUUAGCCAAUCCUCAGCCCUUAGAAAACAUGAGAUAAUUCAUAGUGGAGAGAAACCAUACAAAUGUGAAGAAUGUGGUAAAGCUUUUAAGUGGUUGUCAAAACUUACUGUACAUAAGGUAAUUCAUACUGCAGAGAAACCCUGCAAAUGUGAAGAAUGUGGCAAAGCUUUUAAGCAUUUCUCAGCCCUUAGAAAACAUAAGAUAAUUCAUACUGGAAAGAAACCCUACAAAUGUGAAGAAUGUGGCAAAGCUUUUAAUGAUUCCUCAACCCUUAUGAAGCAUAAGAUAAUUCAUACUGGGAAGAAACCAUACAAAUGUGCAGAAUGUGGCAAAGCUUUUAAGCAAUCCUCACAUCUUACUAGACAUAAAGCAAUUCAUACUGGGGAGAAACCCUACAAAUGUGAAGAAUGUGGCAAAGAUUUUAACAAUUCCUCAACCCUUAAGAAACAUAAGCUAAUUCAUACUAGGGAGAAAUUGUACAAAUGUGAAGAAUGUGUCAAAGCUUUUAACAAUUUCUCAGCCCUUCUGAAACAUAAGAUAAUUCAUACUGGGGAGAAACCCUACAAAUGUGAAGAAUGUGGUAAAGCUUUUAAGUGGUCCUCAAAACUUACUGAACAUAAGGUAAUUCAUACUGGAGAGAAACCCUGCAAAUGUGAAGAAUGUGACAAAGCUUUUAAGCAUUUCUCAGCCCUUAGAAAACAUAAGGUAAUUCAUACUGGAAAGAAACCCUACCAAUGUGACGAAUGUGGCAAAGCUUUUAACAAUUCCUCAACCCUUACGAAACAUAAGAUAAUUCAUACUGGGGAGAAACCCUACAAAUGUGAAGAAUGUGGCAAAGCCUUUAGUCAGUCCUCAAUCCUUACUAAACAUAAGAUAAUUCAUUCUGUAGAGAAACCCUACAAAUGUGAAGAAUGUGGCAAAGCCUUUAACCAGUCCUCACACCUUACUAGACACAAAACAAUUCAUACUGGAGAGAAACCCUACAAAUGUGAAGAAUGUGGCAAAGCUUUUAUUCAGUGCUCAUACCUUAUUAGACAUAAAACAAUUCAUACCGGAGAGAAACCUACAAAUGUGAAGAAAGUACCAAAGCUUUUAAGCAAUCCUCACACCUUACUAGACAAAACAAUUCAUACUGGAGAGAAACCCUACAAAUGUGAAGAAUGUGCCAAAGCUUUUUAACCGUCCUUCGACCCUUACUAAACAUUUGAUAAUUCAUACUGGGGAGAAACCUUAAAAAUGUGAAUAAUGUGGCAGAGCUUUCAACCAUUUUAUAAACCUUAAUACACAUAGGAUAAUUUAUACUAGAGACAGACCCUGCAUAUGUGAAGAAUGUGGCAAAGCUUUUAACCAGUCCUCAAGCCUUACUAGACAUAAAACAAUUCAUACUGGAGAGAAACCCUACAAAUGUAAAGAAUGUGGCAAAACUUUUUUUUUUUUUUUAUACUUUAAGUUCUAGGGUACAUGUGCACAAUGUGCAGGUUUGUUACAUAGGUAUACAUGUGGCAUGUUGGUUUGCUGCACCCAUCAACUCGUCAUUUACAUUAGGUAUUUCUCCUAAUGCCAUCCCUCCCGCCGCCCCCCACCCCCUGACAGGCCUGGGUGUGUGAUGUUCCCCACCCUAUGUCCAGGUGUUCUCAUUGUUCAAUUUGCACCUAUGAGUGAGAACAUGUGGUGUUUGGUUUUCUGUUUUUAUGAUAGUUUGCUGAGAAUGAUGGUUUCCAGCUUCAUCCAUGUCCUUCCAAAGGACAUGAACUUAUCCUUUUUUAUGGCUGCAUAGUAUUCCAUGGUGUAUAUGUGGAAUGUGGCAAAACUUUUAACCAAUCCUCAAACCUUACUAGACAGAAAACAAUUCAUACUGGAGAUAAACCCAUCAAAUGUGAAGAAUGUGGCAAAGCCUUUAACCAGUCCUCGCAGCUUAAAUAUGCAUAAGAUAAUUGAUACUGAAGGAAAACUCUACAAAUAUCAUAAAUGUGGCAUAGCUUCUAACCAUUGCUCAGCUUUUACUCAAAAUGAGAGAAUUCCUAAAGAAGAUAAACUCCACGAAUGUGAAUAAUAUGGCAAAGCUUUUGACCAGUCCUCAAAUCUUACUGAACAUAAGAUAAUUCAUGCUAGAGACAAACACUACAAAUGUGAAGAAUGGGCAAAGCUUUUAACCAGUUCUCAAACCUUACUCAAAAUAAUUUAUAGUGGAGAGGAACGCUACAAAUGCAAAGGAUUUGGCAAAACUUUUAAGUGUUUCUCAAAACUUACUGAACAUAAGAUAAUUCAUACUAGAGAGAUGCUUUACAAAUGUGAAGAAUGUGGCAGAACUUCUAACGGGUUCUCAAAACUUACUGAAUAUGAGAUAAUUUAUAUUAGAGAGAAACCCUACAAAUGUGAAGAAUGUGGCAAAGCUUCUAACGGGUUCUCAAAUCUUACUGAACAUAAGAUAAUACUAAAGAGAAACCCUAAAAAUAUAAAAAAUGUGACAAAGCUUUUAACUGGUUUUGAGACCUUACUCAAAAUAAGAUAGUUUAUACUGAAGACAAACUCUAUAAAUGUGAAGAGUGUGCCAAUGCUUUUAAUCAAUUCUCAAACUUUACUAGACAUAAGAAAAUUCAUACUGGAGAAAAACCCUACAAAUGUGAAGAAAGUGGGAACACUUUUAGCCAGUCCUCAACUCUUACUAAACAAGAUAAUUCAAUGGGAGAGAAACCCUACAAAUGUGAAUAAUGUUAUAACCAUUCUAUUUAUGUGUUUACAUGUUUAAUGUUGAAAUAAUGUUUAUUUUUCAUAUUGAUAUUACAAUUUGGAGACAUUUUUCACUCACAAUUUUUGAAGCGGGUGAAUUUCAGUCUACAGUUUUUAUUUUUAGUCACCUCACUGUAGGCAACUCUGGUAAUUUUCUCUGGAAAAAUUUUGGAAACGAAGUUGUAACGGCUUUCAGGUUAAAACAUUUCCUGUUAUUUUGCAUGCAAACUUGUUUACAGUGUUCAAACAGUGGCCAAUCUUUAGGUCAUAAACAACACCUACCCUUUUAAUGUCUUUCAUACCUUUGCAAUUAGCACCAGAAACUUCUGCUGUCUUAAACUUAAAAUAAAAGCCCUAAUGUACGUUGGCUCCUCCCAUGCACGGUACUGAGUUCAGAACAUGCUGUUAAAUGUCAGAGUUCCUAUGGUUAUGACUGAAAAAUUAAAUGACAAGACAGCACAAAACUAUAUACGUUUGAUACCAUUUAGCCAAGUUAAUGACAAAGACAGAGAAUAUUUGAAAAAAUUGAUACCCUUCUAUAAUGUUUUAAAUAUAUAUUUUUCAACUUGACAGAUAAAGCAUGUAUUCUGUAAAACAUGAUGUUUUGAAGUAUAUAUAUACAUUGUCAAACUCUUAAUUUUAGGUAAUUAAUGCUGUACCUCACAUAGUUAACAUUUUUGUGGUGAGAGCACAUGACAUUGUCCUAGCAUUAUUCAAAAAUACAUUACUAUUAACUACAGACACCAUGCUGUACAACAAGUCUUUUGAAUAUAUUACUUCUAUCUAACUAUAAUUAUGUAUUAUUCUUUGACAAACAUCUUUCUAAAGCCCUCUUUUAAAUACCUUGGCGUCCGGUGGUUACAAUUUUAUUCUCUGCUUCAGUGAAUUUAAGUUUUAUAUCAUUCAUGUUUAGGUGAAAUCAUAAAAUUUUCUUUCUGUUCCUGGCUUAUUAAAAGAUAAAUAGAUAAAUUUUGUAUAUAUACUACUUUGUCAGUAUUUAAUCAUUAGAUGUUGAACUGUUGAUUCUAUAUUUUGGCUAUUAUGAAGAGUGUUGCAGACAACAUAGAAAUACAAAUAUUUCUCAUUCUGAUUUCAUUUGUUUUUAAAUAUAUAUAUAUCCAAUAGUGAAAUUGCUGUAUUAUAUGGCAGUUUUAUUUUAAAUUUAUUGAGAAAUCUCUAUUUCUGUUUUCAUAAUGGCUGUUCUCAUUUACACUCAAACUAGCAGUGUGCAAGCAUUCCUUUUACUUCACAUCUUUACCAACACUUUUUUCUUUUUAAUAAGAGUCAUUCUAAUAUGAGUGACUUUUUAUCUCAUAGAUUUUUUGGCUUGCCUUUCUCUGAUAAUAAGUGACAUUGAGCAUUUUAAAAUAUCUCUUGGCCAUAUGUAUGUCUUUUUAAAAUAUUAAGCCUUUUGCUCAUUUUUCAUAGUUAUUUGUUUUUUAUUGUAUAGUCACUUUCUUACAUAAUCUUGAUAUUCACCCCUUGUCACAAGUAUGGUUUGCAAAAAUGUUCUCCCAUUUGGCUUGUUGAUUAUAUCAGAUUCUGUGCAGCAACUUUUUAAUAUGAAGUAAUCUGACUCAUCUAUUUUUCCUUUAGUUGCCUGGGAUUUUGAGGUUAAAUAAAAAAAAAUCACUGCCGAAACGAAUGUUACGGGGCUUUCAGUCUAUAUUUUUUGUAGUAGUUUCAGAGUUUCAGGCCUUACAUUUAAGUAUUUAAUAUAUUUUCAGUUGAUUUAUAUAUAUGGAGUAAGAUGAGAGACUCAUUGCUCUGCAUGUGGCUAUAGUUUUCUCAACACUAUUUAUUGAAGAUACUGUCAUUUUCCUAAGAAAUUGUCACCUAUAUAAAAAAUCAGUUAGCUUUAAAUACAUGGAUAUAUUUCUUGUCUCUUGUGCUCCAUUGCCCUGUGUGACUCAUUUUGUUCAAGUACCAUACUGUUUUCAUUACUAUAGCUUUGCAGUAUAUUUCAAAGUCAGGUAGGAUGAUACCUUUAGCCUUUCUUUUUUGCUUGAAUGCUUCUGCUAUUCAGGGUCUUUUGUCAUAUCAUAUAAAUUUUAGGGUUUUUGUUUGUUUUUGUUUUAUUUUAGACAGAGUUUCACUCUUUUCACCCAGGCUGGAGUGCGGUUCUGCAAUCUCAGCUCACUGCAACCUCUGCCCUCAGGUUCAAGUGAUUCUCCUGCCUCAGCCUCCUGAGUAGCUGGGAUUACAGGCACGCACCACCAUGCUGGGCUAAUUUUUUGUUGUUGUUGUUGUUGUUGUUGUUGUUUUAAAAAUGUGUGUUUUUUUUAAUAGUAUUUAUUGAUCAUUCUUGGGUGUUUCUCAGAGAGGGGGAUUUGGCAGGGUCAUAGGACAAUAGUGGAGGGAAGGUCAGCAGAUAAACAUGUGAACAAGGGUCUCUGGUUUUCCUAGGCAGAGGACCCUGUGGCCUUCCACUGUGUUUGUGUCCCUGGGUACUUGAGAUUAGGGAGUGGUCAUGACCCUUAAGGAGCAUGCUGCCUUCAAGCAUCUGUUUAACAAAGCACAUCUUGCACCGCCCUUAAUCCAUUUAACCCUGAGUGGACACAGCACAUGUUUCAGAGAGCAUGGGGUUGGGGGUAAGGUUAUAGAUUAACAGCAUCCCAAGGCAGAAGAACUUUUCCCAGUACAGAACAAAAUGGAGUCUCCCAUGUCUACCUCUUUCCACACAGACACAGCAACAAUCCCAUCUCUCUCUUCCCCACAUUUCCCCCUUUUCUAUUCGACAAAACUGCCAUCGUCAUCAUGGCCCGUUCUCAAUGAGCUGUGCAGUACACCUCCCAGACGGGGUGGCGGCUGGGCAGAGGGGCUCCUCACUUCCCAGACGG